GCGUCCGCCACCUCCCGCCCCCAGGUAUAAAACAGCUUCCACGUGGGUUCCGGACGUUUUUCGUACGUGGUUUUACACACAGUUUUACAUGUUUUCUUCUGCGGUACACACCGUACACACGCUGCUUCUACUCACUUUUUACCCAAUCUGCAUAGUUUUAGUUGCCCGAGCGCAAUACAGUGUUUGUAUUUAGUGUCUUCGUUGAAGAAUGCCAGACCCAACCAUUGGUCUAAUAAAUAGUGCCAAGAUGAGUUUCGUAAUUUGUCAGGGAUCCAGUUGGUGGCAGGACAGUUACGUGCAAGAGAUUAUACCGGGGCUCUAUUUGGGGGCUCAGAAGGAGGAACAUUCGAUGCCUUAUCCCGAAUUGGCGAAGUUAGGAAUCAAACUUGUAAUAGAGUUGCUUGACGAGCCUCUGUUUAGCCUUGCGCCGCCUCGUGCUCCGCAAGGCAUCAAGUACUUGCCUAUCGCAUUAACAAACAGCGAAUACUCAAACAUUAUUCCAUUGCUCGAUGAGACUUCCUCGUUUAUUCGUGAAGGCUUGUACCAAAAACGUAAAGUGCUGGUGUGCAGCACCCAUGGGAAUUCGCGCAGCGCCGUCAUUGUAGCUGCCUAUCUAAUGGAACUACUGAAAAUAGGUGCAAACGAAGCCAUAGAUCGCGUGUCUUCAAUACGGCCAUCCAUUAAUCCAAAUAAAGGCUUCAGGGACCAGCUCUUAGAUUAUGAGUCGAUUUUAAAAGCCCGCAACCUUAUUAUAAUGGGGGCCUCUUCCAGUAGCUACCAAAUGAGACCGAAGCGUAUACGUGAGUGCGCCGAAGAUGAAAGUUCCAGUCCUGCGGAACAUUUCAAGCGCCGCCCGAUGGAACUGAUGUCCUAACUUGAGUCCUACUCCCGAUGUACAUUUAACUCCUACACUAGUCAUGGGACGCAUUCAGAGAAUUAAAGUAUUUACUUGUUGACUGAUAGAUAUUGUAAGUUACGACUGAUUUUGUACCUGAAUUGCUUCGCGACAGCAGUUUUAAAUUAUUGAUCUCGAAUUCGUUUUUACCUAGAUUAAUGUACCAAAUUUUCUAAUAAAUAAGAUAUAUUUCCAAA